AUGGCAGCAGUCCUGAUUCUCCUGACCUUUCUUCUGCCACUUGGAGCUGGUGCAGAGAAGAUCAUCGGGGGCCAUGAGGUCAAGCCCCACUCCCGCCCCUACAUGGCAUUUGUUGAAUUUGUGAAUAUUGAUGGAAGUAAGAGUCGCUGUGGAGGCUUCCUGGUAGAAGACAACUUUGUGCUGACAGCUGCUCACUGCAUGGGAAGUGCCAUGAGAGUCACUCUAGGAGCCCACAACAUCAGCAUCCAGGAGGAGACCCAGCAGAUCAUCCCUGUGGCUAAAGCCAUCCCACACCCAGGCUUUAAUAACAAAACCUUCCCAAAUGACAUCAUGCUCUUAAAGCUGGAGAGGAAGGCCCUAAAGACUGAAUAUGUGAGGCCCCUCAGCCUGCCAUGGCUCAAGGUCCGUGUGAAGGCAGGAGAUGUCUGCUCAGUGGCAGGUUGGGGUAGCAUGGCCCCAAAUGGUAAAUUAUCAAAUGUACUACAAGAGGUUCAGCUGGCAGUCCAGAAGGAUAAGGAGUGUGAAUCCCGCUUUCAAGACAAUUACAACAAAACGAUUGAGAUCUGUGUGGGGGACCCAAAGAUCAAGCGUGCUUCCUUUAGUGGGGAUUCCGGAGGGCCGCUCCUGUUUAAAAAGGCAGCUGUAGGUAUCGUCUCCUAUGGGGAUGAAGAUGGUUCAGCUCCACGUGUCUUCACCAAAGUGUCAAGUUUCCUAUCCUGGAUUAAGAAAACGAUGAAACGCAGCUAA